AUGCUCUCCGCCGCGCUCCGCCGUGUGCACCACCGCUCCGUUAAUACCCCCUGUCAUCCUCCUCCUCCGCCGCCGUCCCUUCCUCUCUUCGUCUCUUCUCCCACCCGCCAAGAUCCUACCUUUCCCUUUCCGCCGCAACUCUCCACCGCCCCCGCCGCCAACGCAGCCGAAGGCUUCGACCAUAUCGACCAGUUCCUACCCCGCCGAGCCCUCCCUCCACCGCCCCUCCGCCCCUCCCUCCGCCGCGAGACCCUCCUCGCCCUCGCCCACGCCCUCAAGACCCCCUCCGGAUGCUUUCCCGCCCUCGAAGCCCUCGCCUUUGGCUUCCACGCCGGCCCCCUCGCCGGCGUCCUCCGUUCCUUCCCACACCCCCGCCCCGCCCUCGCCUUCUUCGUUCGCUCCGUCCCGGACCUCUCCGCCGCCACCGUCCUAUCCUGCUGCGCCGCCGCCCAUCUCCUAGCCGCCGACCCCUCCCUCAAACUGCUCGCCCAGGACAUCCUCGCCUCCCUCCUCCAUCGAAUCGGUCCCCAUCGCGGCGCCGAGCUCCUCCUCUGGACCGACCACCACCGGUGCCUCCGGUCCUACUAUGCCGUCCUCCAUUUGGUUCUCCGUGCCUUUCUCGAUGCUGGAAUGGCUCCAGAAGCCUUAGAAGUAGUGCGCCGAAUGAGAGGCCAGGGGAACACGCCGAGCCUAUCUGCAUUGGCUAUUCUUCAAAGGCUGCUCUUCAAAAGGGGUGACUCGGAGAGUGCCUGGAAAUUGUUUAAAGAUAUGAUUCGGAAAGGGCCCCGGCCAACCUCAAGUACAUUCAAUGCAAUGAUUCUUUGGUCCUGCCGAAAAGGGGCCGUCUCUGUUGGCAAGGCCCUUCUCCGGGUGAUGCAAAGAUAUCAUUGUGAGCCCGACGCAUGCAGCUACAAUAUCUUGAUCAAUGCACAUUGUGUGUUUGGGCGGUCCUCCGAUGCCUUUGAGUUGUUCGAUUCAAUGCUUGAAUCUGGUUAUUCUCCAACUGUUGUUACUUACAAUAUACUUAUUGAUGCUUUGUGCCAGGAGGGGAGAAUGGAGGAAGCAAAAAGGCUUUUUGAUGGUAUGGAAGAAGAGGGCAUUGCAUCUAACACAAUUACGUAUAAUGUUCUAGUCAAUGGGUACGUAAAGGCAGGGCAAAUGGAUAAGGCGAAUUCAGUCUAUAGAGAGAUGAGGAAGAAGGGACUGACCCCUGAUUGCUACACCUUCAACAUUCUUGCUGCAGGGCAUUGCAAGUUCGGCAAGGAUCGGGAAAGUGAAGAUGAGCAUUUUUUGGAAUGUGUUUUGAAACCAGAGGAGCUCCCGGAAGGGCCAAUACUGGACAUGUGGGUUUCAAGGCUCUGUUGGGAUGGGCGGUUGGAUGAUGCGCGGGAACUUCUGCAGCGUGCUGUUGAGGAGGGUGUGACAGUGAGUGUUGCAGGAUUUAACUCAGUCAUCACUGGUUAUAGCAAGGAGGGAUUGGAAGAAGAAGCUUUUGAUUUAUAUCAAAUUAUGGUGGAGGUUGGUCUUGCACCCUCACCAUCCACUUGCAGCUCCUUGCUUAUGGGCUUGUGCAAGAGAGGGAGGUUGGAUGAUGCCAGGGUGCUCCUAGAUAGGAUGGUAGAGAAAGGCUAUUGUGUGAGUACAUCUGCUUUCACAAUCUAUUUAGAUGGGUGUUUCAGGAUGGGCAAUACAGCCGCUGCUUUGAGGUGCUGGAAUGACAUGGAGAAGCAAGGGAUCCAUCCUGAUGUCGUUGGCUUUUCGGCCUACAUUAAUGGCCUCUGCAGAGCUGGUUACAUGGAAGAGGCACAUGAAGCUUUCCAUGAAAUGUGUAGGAGAGGAUUGGUUCCCAACAAUUUCACAUACAACUCUUUGAUUUCAGGAUUUUGUAGGGCUGGUAAUGUAGCCGAGGCAUUGAAAUUGGAGAGGGAGAUGAGGCAGAAUGGCCUUGUUCCUGAUAUAUUCACAACCAAUAUAAUUAUUAAUGGGUUCUGUAGACAGGGGAGGUUGAAGAUGGCAAACAAUAUUUUCGUGGAAAUGUAUACUAAUGGAUUAACUCCAGAUGUCGUAACUUACAAUACUUUUAUCAGUGCUUACUGUAGGGCUUUCGAUAUGGUGAAUGCGGUGGGCUUUGUGAAUAAUAUGUCUUUAGAGGGUUGUGAACCAGAUAUCUUCACAUAUAACAUAUGGAUUCACAGUCUCUGCAGUCGUCAUAUGAUGAACCAAGCCAUCAAGGUGCUAGAUGAGCUUGUUUCAGUGGGUUUUGUUCCUAAUACAGUCACUUACAACACAGUGAUGAACAGUAUCUGCAGUGAUGUACUUGAUCGUGCUAUGAUUCUAACUGGGAAAUUGCUUAAGAUGGCCUUUGUUCCCAAUGUUGUUACAGUUAACCUGCUGCUCUCUCAUUUCUGCAGGCAAGGGCUGGCAAAGAGGGCCUUGAUUUGGGGAGAAAAGCUUAGACAUGUCUCCUUCAUUUUUGAUGAUGCCUCGCGGAAUAUUCUUGACUGGGCCUACUGUGACAUGCAAGAGGAUGCAGAACAUUUGACGGCAGAGUCCAGAAGAAGCUUAUUUUUAGAAUUUCUGAUGCACAUUACUUAUGGAUCCUUACACAGGAGUGAACCAUUAAAACAUAAACCAUUGAUAAUUACUGAUAUUGUUGAUCAUGGAAUUACCAAGUCUUCCAAGAUGAUGGAUGUGAGAUAG